UUUAGUUCUUCCCUUGCCGACCCCGGAGUUGGACGUUGUUGGUCGGCCGUUGUCGUUGUCGGAACCUUUUAGUUACGUUCGUUGCGUUUUGCGGUUGUGUCCUGCUCCUGCUCCUGCCCUGGGGGUUGUGUCCACCUGGUUUGUGUGGAUCAAAAAAGGUUCCGGUAAAAAGAAGAAAAAAAACGCACACACAAGUGUUUAGUGAGUGAAUCAGGGUGUUAAGUAACGCGUACCUGCUGCCUGUGGCCUGCUAAUAAACGCGUGCCGCCAAGCUAGCUUUCGCGGGCUGGUCUGUUUGCGCAAAAGAAGUUUGCGGCCGGCUCCGAAGCGGGGAGAAGGAAAAAAAAUCCGUCAGCAAUAUGACGACCACCACAAUGCAAACCGUAAUCAAAAAUCCCAACUGGUGGAUGCGCCGCACCGCACUCGAGAGAGUUCUCACGGUGAUCAGCAUCGUGUUCGGGAUUGCCGUGAUCGCCAUGCUGAUCUCGCUGAUCGCCGUGCUGCCGAUCCAGCGGAUAUCAAACGCCAACGGCGAUGACAUCUCCCAAUCACCAUCGGCCUUGACGGGAUCACGCCGCGGCAAGGGUCUGAAGUUCGGCACCGGCAAGGACUCCAAGGAAAGCGGCGAGCUGUGCCUCACCCCGGGAUGCAUCCACUCCGCCUCCAAGGCGCUGGACCAGAUGGACACCAGCGUGGAACCGUGUGACGAUUUCUACAACUACGCCUGCGGCCGAUUCCUCAAGGAAACGACGAUCCCGGAUGAGAAGGUGUCGGUGAACACAUUCUCGGUGAUCAGCGAUCGGCUGCAGGAACAACUGCGCUCGCUGGUCAGCGAAGAGAUUUCCGAAACCGAUGCCACCCCCUUCAAGCUGGCCAAGAACCUGUACAAGCUGUGCAUGAACAAGACACGGAUCGAAGAAAAGGGAACGAAGCCACUACUCGAUAUCCUGGAAAUGCUGGGCGGCUGGCCUGUACUCAAGGGCGACAACUGGGAUCUGGACAGCUCAUGGAACUGGACCAAUUCGGUGAAGAACUUCCGCAAGCAUGGCUACAGUACUGAUUAUUUCUUCGACUUCUCGGUUGGAACCGAUCUUAAGAACUCCACUCGGCGUAUAAUUGAUACCGAUCAAGCCGCUCUGGGAAUCAGUCGGGAAUAUCUAGUCAAGGGUUUCGAGAGCCCCAUUGUGACUGCAUACUACAGCUAUAUGGUCGAUAUGGCCGUACUGUUUGGAGCCGAUGAAGAACGCGCCAAGCGUGAACUGAUGGAUUCGCUGAACUUUGAGAUUGCCCUUGCUAACAUUUCGCUGCCGAACGAGAAACGUCGUAACGCCACGGCCUUGUACAAUCCGAUGUCGGUUAAGGACUUCCAGCAUAAGUAUCCGUACACCGAUUGGGUCGAUUACUUCAACGCCAUCCUCAAGGAUACAGGAAUCGCUAUUGAUGAGAACGAGAUCAUCAUCGUCAGCGUUCCAAGCUUCAUGGAACAACUGGGACCACUUCUUCAAAAUACUCCAAAGAGAACGAUGGCCAACUACGUCAUGUGGCGUAUUAGCGGGUUCUCGUCGUUCUUCUUGACCGAAGUCCUGCGCAAACGGCAGCUUCAGUACAGUACUGCAUUGAGCGGCAAACAGGAACAGGAACCACGCUGGAAGGAAUGCGUCGAUAUCACCUCAGGUAGUCUACCGAUCUCGGUUGGAGCUAUGUACAUCCGAAAAUACUUCCGUGAGGAGUCCAAGAGCGCUGCUCUGGAAAUGGUGAACGAUAUCAAGUCAGUAUUUGUGGAUAUUCUACGCAAGGUAGACUGGAUGGAUGAGGUCACUCGACAGUCGGCCCUCGAGAAGGUAGGAUCCAUGAUGACUCACAUCGGCUACCCGAAUGAGCUGAUGGACGACCAGAAAAUUGCCGAAUAUUACAAAGAUCUCAAGUUCCAACCGGAAGACAACUACCUGAACACGAUUCUGUACAUGAACCAGUUCGGAACUACUAAAGCGUUCAAGAAGCUACGCCAGGCCGUCAACAAGACCGAUUGGAUCACUCAUUCGAGACCAGCUGUGGUCAAUGCUUUCUACUCAUCCAUCGAAAACAGUAUCCAAUUCCCGGCCGGUAUCCUGCAGGGUCAAUUCUUCUCGUACGAACGUCCGCGGUACAUGAACUACGGAGCCAUUGGAUUUGUCAUCGGACACGAAAUUACUCACGGCUUCGACGAUCAGGGUCGGCAGUUCGACAAAAACGGAAACCUGGUCGAUUGGUGGCAAUCGGACACCAAGAAGGCCUACCUGGAGAAGGCACGCUGCAUCAUUGAACAGUACGGCAACUAUACCGAGCCAAACGUUAAGCUCAACCUAAACGGUAUUAACACCCAGGGUGAAAACAUUGCCGACAACGGUGGCAUCAAGGAGGCGUACUACGCCUAUCGGAAGUGGGCCGAGAAAAACGGACCGGAACCACGUCUCCCGGGGGUAGAUUUGAGUCCAGAGCAAAUGUUCUGGCUGUCGGCUGCCCAAACCUGGUGCUCAGUCUACCGACCGGAAACAAUGAAGAUGCGUAUCACUACCGGUGUUCACUCUCCUGGCCAGUUCCGAGUGCUCGGUCCCAUGAGCAACAUGGUGGAGUUUGCGAAAGAUUUCAACUGUCCCGUGGGUUCGCCCAUGAACCCAGUGAACAAAUGCGAGGUUUGGUAAACGGCAAAACCGCGCAAUACCGUUUUAAACUAUACUAUCUGUAAUACUUCCCCCCACAAACACAAACUCACACACACAGUUUAGUCUUUGUGUUCUCUGUUGAACCUUUCCCCCCUCCGUAUACCUAUACUAUAUUAUUCAAUUCUGCAUCAGCUAGACUGUCCUCAACGAACAAAACAAAAGUGAUAUAUAAAGAAGAAAAGAGAGAAAAAACCUCAAUCAGUUAUUCAUAUAUGACUUGUUGAAAGUACUUAUUUUAUUUCCGUUAGGAAACCGUGCCGCGCCGAACAAUUUGUUGGACAGAGAAAAGGAAGAGAACGAGAGGAAACUCGUUAGUAAUUUAUAACCAGUCAAUCUUGGAAAAUGUGUUUUUAUUAGAAAGUAGCACUUAAAAGUUGGCAAACACAAAAAAACAGCAAAAAUUAUCAAUCGUGUGUCAGCAGAAGAAUUUUUUUCAAAAAAAACUCUUCUCUAUUGAAAGAACUCGUUUGAAAAGCUAAUUUCGACCAGCUUUGCUCAUCAUUUGCGUGCCCCCAUCACGUGAAUGCACGUGAAUACAUACGUGCGUGUAUUUUCAAGCGUUUGUGUAACACGUAUACCAACAUCAACAACAAACAAACAACAAAACAUUGUAACGACAGUAGCGAUACUAUUGUUUAUAUUUCUUCGCAUUAGCGGACUGUUUUAUUACGGUAGUUUCAUUGAAAUUAAUAAAGAAAUAUUUUCUACAAAA